AUGGCAACAACAACUCUUGCUCAUACAACAACUCCAGCUACAAUAGCAAGCACAACAGCAGCUGCUACGACAACCACUGCAGCUUCUACUACGACAAAAAUUGUAGAUCCUGCGACCACCACAAAUGAUGCAGCUACUACGACAACCACAGCUCCUACAACUCCAACUGUAGCUUCUACCACAAGAACAAGUGCAUCCCCUUCUACUGCAACCACAACAGAAGCUUAUUCUACAACAACUGUAGAAGCUACGACUACCACAACAACAUCCCCUACGAGAACUGCAGCUCCUACUACAACUACCAUAGCUCCUACGGCCACUACAACUGCAGCAGCUCUUACAACAACAACUGAAGCUGCUUCCACAAGCACUACUGCAGCCCCUACAGCAACCACAAUUGAAGUUUCUUCUACAACAACAAUAUCACCUACGACAACAUCCACAUCGACAACUGCAGCUCCUACUACAACAACUGUAGCUGCUUCCACAACCACUACUGCAUUACCUACUGCAACCACGACUGCAGCUUCUUCCACAACCACAACUGAAGCUUCUUCUAAAACAACUAUAGCACCUACGACAACCACAACAAUCUCCCCUUCGACAACUGUAGCUACAACAACGCUAAUCACAACCGAAGGUUCUACAACCAUUUUUACUCCUGCGACACCCACAACUGGAACACCUACAGCAACCACAACAACAACUGUAGAACCUACCACAACCACAACAACAUCCUUUUCGACAACUGCAGCUCCAACCACUGUAGCUCCUACAACCUACAACAACGCUAAUCACAACCGAAGGUUCUACAACCAUUUUUACUCCUGCGACACCCACAACUGGAACACCUACAGCAACCACUACAACCACUGUAGAACCUACGACAUCCACAACAACAUCCUUUUCGACAACUGCAGCUCCAACCACUGUAGCUCCUACAACGUCAAUCAAAACUGCAGGACCUACUACCAUUGUAAGCCCUACGACAAACAUAAAUGUAGCUCCUACAGCAACCACAACACCAGCUACUACUACGACAACCACAGCUCCUACAACUCCAACUGUAGCUUCUUCCACAAGAACAAGUGCAUCCCGUACUACUGCAACCACAACAGAAGCUUAUUCUACAACAACUGUAGAAGCUACAACUACCACAACAACAUCCCCUACGAGAACUGCAGCUCCUACUACAACUACCGUAGCUCCUACGGCCACUACAACUGCAGCAGCUCUUACAAAAACAACUGA